AUGAUGAGAUAAUUUCAAAGUUUAAAAAGGUUUGGAUAUUAGUUUAUCUGCUAAAAUAAGUUUAGUACUAGAAUAGCUUAGUAUAAAAAAUAAAGAACUUAGUUUUUGAAUUAAAAUAUUCAUUUUUCAUUUAGCAUUUUUUAGAAGAGCUAAUCUGAAUAUUUAAAGAAAAUUGAUGUAAAAAAUAUUGAAUCGAAUUCUCUACUUGGCUAAUUUAAUCAAUAGAUUAAAUUAAUCGAUGAUGUUGAAGAGGCGUUGCUUUUUUGUAAGAAUAUUUUAACAGAAUUUCAGUUAAGGAUGGAAGUUAGUAAAGCAUUACAAAUAUGUAAUCUGGCUAUUGAUUUGACAAAAAAGCUUUCAAGUGGUAGAGGAAUUUAUUCUUAUCUCUAUUUUAAAGCAAAGUACAUUUCGCUGAUAACUGACUAAGGUUUAAUAGAUCAAGCGAAAAAAGAAGCAUAAGAACUCCUAGUCUUUUAUUAAGUUUCAAAAGAAUAAUUAAGCAUAAUUGAGAAAAUAGAAAUGAAUUAAAUAUUAGCUACUAUAUUUUAGUUUAUCAAAUAAUAUGAGCAAAGCCAAAAUUUAGCUGAACAAUCCAUCAGCCUUAUUUAAUCAGGUUCUACAUUGGAGAUAUCAAAUAGUUAGCUAAUAGGAAUAUAUUUUUUACUUUACUCUACUUCAUUCAUAUAGAAAGAUUAUGAGAAAGCCAAAGAAUAUGGGUUAUUAUCAUACGAAUUAUUAAAAAAUAGUAAAAAAUAGGAAGAAAAUUACACAGUUUAAAAUAUAAUUUUAGGACUAGUCAUUUGUUUUAAAAAAUUGAAUUAGGAUAAAGAGGCUGAAGCAGUACUUAAACUUCUUAAAAACCAUAAGGAAAUUCCUAAUUUUAACCCUUUAAAUAUGAAAGAAUAAUAGUUAAAAUUAAAGGUUCACUUUAAUCUAAACUAAGAUAACAAAUUAGCUUAAGAGAUUCAAUAAAAAGAUAUAGAAAACUUAUUAUUCUACAAUGAAAUUAUUGAUCUUUAUUAGUAGUUUGUUGAAAAAUUAUAAGCAAAUGAAGGUAUUUAGCAUUUUCAAUAGCUUUAGAAAUAAUUAGAUAAAGAAAAAGAUUUUUUAAAAUUUUUCUUUUUGCAGGAUACCAUUGCAAGCUUACACUCUUGCCUAUAAAACGGCUAAUAAGCAAUAGAUAUGUGUUUAAAUACUCAUCAAAAACUUUUAAAGCAGAGAAAUUAUAUUCUUUAUGAAGACAGAAUAACUUUUUAAAAUAUUACUCUUCUUAAGCAAUUACAUUAUUAAGCAAAGGAAUUUUAAAAAACUAUUGAGUGGGGAGAAAAAUGGCAUUCUUACUGUAUUAAUUAUAACUUAUUCGAUCAUUUUGACAAAGAAGUUGCUUUUUCCUUGCAAAUUUAAAUGGCCUCUUUAAAUUUAUUAGGAUAAACCUAACAUUGCCUGGAAUAUAGCAACUUUGCUCAAGAAUACCUGGAAAAAUUUAAUGAAGAACUCGAGUUACUUGAAGUGUACUUAAUUAAGACAUCUCUUUAUAUUAAGCUAAAUAAACCUGAAGAGGUAGAAAAAUAUACAAGAUUAGCUGCAAAGAUUUAUCACUUAAAUAAAGAUAAAGUCAAACCAUAAGCUGAAUAUCUUUAUUACAGUUCGAACCUCUAUUUGAUGAUAAAUUAUUUUAAGAAAAAUGACCCAAAAAAUAUACUUGAAUUUGGCAAAGAAUAUAUCGAUUUAGUUAAUAAAUAUGAAAAAUAAGAUUAAGAAGAAACAUUGAUUUUUAAAAGUACAAUUUUUUUAAUGCUAGGAUAAAAAUUAUUUGAUGAAAAAAAAUUUAAAGAAUCAUAACCUUACCUUACAUAAUGCCUAGAUCUAACCAAAAAAGAUAAAUAACUUGAAUAAAUUUAUCUUAAAGCCUUGAUGUAUUACAUAUCUACUUGCUUUAGAUUAGAUAUGAUAAAAGAAGCUGAAGAGAGUUUAAACACUUUAUAAUAGUCAUUUGAAUAAUUACCUUUAGGAGUUCUGAAAGAUAAUACAGAAAUUCAGCUAUUGGCAUUUUAAAGCAAUUUGUACUAUUCUAAAAAUGACAUGAAUAGAUUUAUUGAAUCUGUUGAGAAAUAACUUGAAAAACAAACUUAAAAAAAAAAAUAGUUAUAGGAAAAAUAGAAAACUAUUUUAGCUCAUCUAUUAAGAGAUAGUAAUUAUUCCAGUUAAGUUUAAAAUUUAAUAUCAAAAUAUGAAAUUAAAUUAAAUGGCUGA